AUGCCUUCAACAAAACAUACACAGUGUUCAGAAGACGUCAGAACCAUCAUUCGCGACUACAUGAAGUCCCAGUAUAGACCCUACUCCACCAAUGAUAUCUUGUUAAAUUUGCAUAAUCAAGUUCCAAAACAAAGAUUAAGUGUGGGGUUAACAACUUUGGUUGAGCUGAAUGAACUUAUUGUCAAGGUCGUGGGUAAAACCAGUUAUUAUUGUUACAGGGCCUUAGUACCAGAGUGUGCUAAUUCAGACGCAGAUUUAUUGGAGAAGAUCCCUUUGAUGGAGAAAGAGAUGAAAGGUCUUGAACAAGAGACAAAUGACUUAAUAGAAGCGUUGAAGAAUGCCAGAACAGCCCUUUCUAAUGAAGAACUAGUUCAACGUCUCAACGAGGCUAAGGAGGAAAUUGAAGCAUUGACGAAUUUGCAAAAACUGUCCAGCCAUGAACUCACCCACAGUACUGAAAUGGCCCAACAAAUUUCACAUUUACUGCGUAUCCACAAGCAAUACAAAGAAUAUAACAUAUUGGAAUCUAUUGGUAUCGAGGAAAGCGAAGUGAAGAAGUACUUAUAG